CAUAAAGGUCCUCUUUGCCUGUACAGAUGGUCCUUCUGUUCAAGAGCUCUAGAAGAUUGAAGACCUUGAAGAGGCCAUUUCUGAGUGAGGGGGGUGGGAGAAGAACUCCAGAGUAAAAAAUUUAGAAGAAAGGUACUAGAAUGAAUGAAAAUACCCUCUGCUGCUUUCAAAGCCCAGCCUGUGUCCUCUGUCAACAAACUGAUGACUGUCCAGAAAAAUAUGGAGAAAAGAGAACUUACAAGGAAUACAAUCUCACUGUUCAUUACUACUGCUUGUUGAUGUCAAGUGGAAUUUGGCAGAGAGGUGAAGAAGAUGAAGGAGUUCAUGGUUUCUUAAUCAAUGACAUUAGGAAAGAAGUAACCAGAGCUGCAAAACUGACAUGUAAUAUCUGUAAGAAAAAAGGUGCAUCAAUUGGAUGUGUAGCACCCAAAUGCAAGCGAAGUUAUCAUUUCCCUUGUGGGGUUCAAAGGGAAUGCAUUUUCCAAUUCAUGGAAAACUUUGGGUCAUAUUGUUGGGAGCAUCGGCCAGUUCAGAAACUUCCAUCUGGUGAAUCUAGAGGCUCUUCACAAUGUACAAUAUGCUUGGAAUUUGUUGAGCGCAUUCCACUGUACAAUGUGCUGAAGAGUCCUUGUUGUAAAAAUGCUUGGUUUCAUAGAGACUGCUUGCAGUAUCAAGCUCUGAGUGCUGGGAUAUUUUUCUUUAGGUGUACAGUGUGCAAUAAUAAAGACAAAUUUCAGAAUGAAAUGUUGAGAAUGGGAAUACACAUUCCAGAAAAAGAUGCAUCCUGGGAACUUGAGGAGAAUGCAUAUCAAGAUCUUCUGCAGCGUUAUCAACACUGUGACGCUAGAACUUGUCUGUGCAAGAAUGGGAGAGACUAUAGUAAACCUGAUAGUAAAUGGGAAAUCAAACGCUGUCAGUGUUGUGGUUCCUGUGGAACUCAUUUGGCCUGUUCUCCAAUGCAGUCAUGGGAAGAAAACUGGGAAUGUAUGGAAUGCAGAAGUAUCUUCGCUAAGUCAGGGUAUUAUCAAAACCAGAAAAAACGCUCCUUGACUAACUCAGAAAAAAUAGACGUUACUGGUCGUUUGUUGGAAGAGCCCUCUCCCAAGUGCCCCAGACAAUCACCUGGAUCCCAGCACAGCUUUCAUCUCAGAUCAACAAAGAUGUUGUGCCAGAACAGCUUGACUCCUUGUACGUUAUUAGACCUCCCAGCAUCUAAUAAGAUGGCUAUGUCCAUAUCCCCCCUGAUCAAUUCCUCAUCAAGGAGUCUAUCAGUAAGAAGAAUGCAACUAAGAAUACAAAAAAGAGAAGCUUCUAAUAUUUUGAGGGAAUUAAAGUCACAGAUUAAUACAAAAACUACAAGACUGAACAUCAACAGAGACGAUAUUUGGAGUAGUGCCUUAAAAGGAUUCAGAGGGCGAAACUUCAAUCCUGCAAACACUAUGGAAAUAAAAUUCACAAAUUGCAAGGAUAAAACAGAGACAUACACUUUUCAUGGAUCAAAGCAUGAGUUUUUCCAGUUACUAAUGCUUCACCUUAAGAUCUCGUCAUUAUUUGAGGGCUCUUCCUCAAAGAACUUAUCUCUUGAUUCUCAGGCUAUAAAAGAGAAUUUAUACUAUGAAGCUGGCAAAAUGAUUGCAGUUUCUUUGGUUCACGGUGGUCCACCUCCUGGCUUCUUUUCCAAAACUCUCUUUAAUUGUCUUGCUUAUGGACCAGAGAAUGUGAAACCAACAGAGGAAGAUGUUGCAGAUUCUGAUGUAGCACAAACAAUAAAUAUGAUAAAAUCAUCAAGAACUCUGGCCCACUUACAAUCUACAAUAAGUGACUGCUAUGAAUAUCUUACUGUUACUGGAUGUUUAAGACCUAUGACAACUUUGUCUGACAAGGAUAUGUUGGUGAACGACAUACUGAUCUAUCAUGUAAUUAAGCGAGUUCUUUCACCUUUUGAAAGCUUUAGACAAGGUUUGAAAACUCUUGGUGUAUUGGAAAAAUUACAGUCUCAUCCAGAUGCAUUCUCUAGCAUAUUAUGUCACAAACCUGAGAGACUUUCAGCAAAAAUUCUUGGUGAUCUCUUCACAAUCCAUUGCGUAUCAAAUUUAAACAGAGAGAAAGGUGUUGAUUUCUGGAUGGGUUAUUUACAAGAUGUGGAAGGUGGGGAGUCUGCAGCAACACUAGAAGACAUUCUGGUUUUUGCAACUGGUACCAGUUCUAUCCCACCUAUUGGUUUUGAGCCUGAACCCUCAGUUGAAUUUAUGUAUAUAAAAUACCCUGUUGGAAACAGACAACCUAACUGCUUACAACUUCCAAUAACAAAGACAUAUGAACAGUUUAAAAACAAAAUGGACUUUGCCAUCAGCAGCACACUAAGACUAACAGGAGUAUAAAUAUUUUUUGUUACUAAAGCCUAUAUAGCAAAUUCAAUAUUUCUGUUUGUGGGAUGUACCUUCUUACAAGCUGCUAUUACAUUUGAGUAUUGAUGGCCUCUGUUCCCGUCCCAGUUUUUUUUCCCCCGGUUUACAUGAAAUUGCUUUUGUUGUUUGGCCAUAAUAUUAACUUCCAAACUAGAGUAUCAGAUAUUUACAAUAUUUUUGUAACUGGUCAUUUUAAGCUACAAAACUGGGGGUGAGGGGAGCCCAAGUUGUAUUUGUUUAAUCCAGUGUUUCUCAACCUUUAUUUAUAAAGUACCACUUUAAAAAAAAAAUUAAGUAUCCCCAGUACCUACAGUUGCAGACACAAUUUUUUUCUACUAUUGCAACACAUUUGUUUAAAUAACUUAAUCGUAGCUGAGCAGGCGAUGAAAUUUUUGUGUGUAAAAAGUACAAAAAUAAUGAAGUGCUGUAAAACACAAAACAAAAAUUCAGUUUUCUCCAAAUUUCAGUUCUGUUGACAUACCCCUCAGACUUCUCUCAAGUACCUUUAAGGGUACUCGUACCACUGGUUGAGAAACACUGAUUUAAUCCAUAUGCUUACAAAUCAAACUUGUUCUGAGUUUAUUUUUAUGUUUUUCUACAAGAAAAAAAACAAGUCACAAGAGCAAUGGGCUGAAAAUAAUUUAAAUCUGAAAAGUCAGUAGUACUUACUUUUGUGUACCGAACUUUUGAUAAUGAUAUUACAAGUUGUAGAAAUUAAAAUUGAUAUGAAGACAUUUUUAAGCUCAAAUGGGGUAUAACAUUUUAAUAUCUGUUGUCAUGUUCCUUUUGAUCUUGAUUUCAAAAGGAACUCGCAGCUUAGCACUUAAAAAUUGCCAGUUUUGCUGUAGAUAAACAUGGUUACCUAAGUAUUUUCAGCGCUAUAACCUUAUCCUGUAUGUAAGUAUGCUUAACACUUUGAAGUUACAUGAUUUAUCAAAAUCAAAGCAGGCACAUGUUUAUGGUGAUCACUCUAGACAUUUAUAAUAUUUUUGAAAUAAUGGUGAUGGGUCACUGCAUCACUUCUAUACAUGUUUUUUCAGUUUUAUAACAUUAAUAUUUUCCUUUUAAAAUACUAAUGAUGUGUUAAGUACACAAAAGACAGAAAAUGUGGCGUUUAAGGGUAUUAUACCUUUGUAAGAAUGAAUCAUAAUUCCAGGAAGACUGAGGCAAAAUAAUGAAGUUUUGAGAACUAAAUUUUUGUCAUUUGCACAUAGAUU